AUGCCGCGUAUGAAUCUUGGCCUUCCCUAUAACCAUUGCAGCUUGCCGUCUGGAUGUCUGGCCGGUUUUCAGAGUGCCAGCCUGCUCCAGUGCGCCGGUUGCCAUGUCAUCAAUUACUGUGGCAAGCCUCACCAAAAAGCAGACUGGCGUAGACACAAGGUUCAAUGUAUUGUUAUAAAGCAGCAAAGAGAAAAACUGGCUGCCGAAGAGGCCAAGCUACGCACCGAACCAGACGAAGACACAAAUGGCGAAAACCCUUUUGACUCCAAAGCAGGCCAAUUCUGGGUUUUCAAGAGCACUCCCCCCUACAUGUUAGCUCGUUUUAACCUGAUGUCUGCCAUUCUCAAUGUCCGCACUGGAGAAGCCGUCCAAGCUGCUCUUGACCAUGCACUCGACAUGGUUCGCCUUUGCAGAGGCGACAACCAGGGCGUUCGGUCUCAUGUCCCUGCCCUCCACCUACGGCUUGGUAAUGAUCAAGAGGCGUACGACUUUAUCAAAUGGUAUGCGGUUGUGCCUGACGAAGAUUAUGAUUGGGGGGACGCAAGCCUACCGUUUCUUGAUUUGCAUGAACAGGAUGCAUUCGAGCCUGUCUUUGAGAAGACUCACUAUUGCGAUGUGUCUUUCACUGUAGCCCUGACACUCAUCAAGAUUCGCUUGAUGCAAGACUUGGACAGCCUUCAUGCAUUCGUACUGAAGACCCCCGGCGCGUCCGGAGAAGCUAGAGGCUAUGAGAACAUACUCCUCCAACGACCAGACAUCGUCGCCCAAGAAAAUUACUUGGAACUCAUGACCCAGCUCCGAGCUCAAAUCAUGCAGCUGUACAAGCAGGCCAAGAAAGAUAAUCCACGUUUCUGGCCGGACGUCCUGAACCCAAACCUGUUCGCCUACGAUGUACCGACGGCUUAUACCCCCGGAUCUCAAGAAGAGACUAUCACUAUCUUUCGCCAUUCGUGGUACUCGUUGUCGGAAACUCAGCCUGCUAUACAGUACACCAGAGGUGUUAUAAGCAACGAUAUGUGA